AUGAUUUCGAUAUUUAUUGAACACAUGCUAAUGCAAUAUUUCCAACACAAUGCGGUUGAAGCGAGAUCCCAGUUCUUACUAACUGGUUGCGAGAACGUUUCUGAAGGUCUACACAUUUUGGCGAACGACCCUUCGUUGGGUUUAUAUCGACUGCAAGAACAUGUGAGGAAGACGACUCCUGCACUGAUCGAAAGAAAAACUGAUCAAACUAAGCCUCAGUUGGCAUUACACGACUGGAAGUUUAAUCGAGUGAAAAUGCCAAUAAAAAAGGUAAGCAAUGCCAGAACACAAAAAGAAACAGUGACUGCUAAUGACCGGCUAAAACAAUUUGGCAACAUGUGGAACUGA